CGCGAAUCGACAGUACGACGCGCGACGACGUCUGUUGGCCGUCCAUCCGAUGGGACGGAACGUUAAUUAAAUCGUAGACAGAUCGGCUCGGCAUUGAUCGUUCUCGAGUUAGCAACGAGAAUCGAAAUAGAAUAGAGAAUUAGAAACUGUACCGAUCUAUGCGUCACGAGCUCCGUAAAUGGCGGAUCGUUUUUCUGUGAACGAGAACUGAUGGCGAGACAAAAGGGACGGAAGAAACUUAGCUCGGAAAACUGUGAACCAAGUGAAUUAUAUCGGCGAGUAUAUUGCCGUGCGGUAAGCUCUGACAGAGCUCGCACCAAGGCCACAUACGCAACAAGACAGACCUACUUUGUAAGACUUCGUUCUCGCCUAAUGCGAUGGCUCGAUACACUUACAAAGGUUCGCCGGUGCGCGACACGUUUUCUGGUAGCAGUCACGUUCCCUGACGCACAGUUACGAACAGAGAUCGACGAAUCGACGCGGUAAUUACUCACACCAGACCAGACGGUAUGAAAUGAAAGUCGGCAAAGAUUUUAAUAUCACUGAGAUCCUUCUACGUACGUACGUACGUACGUCCGGGGAAGGUGGUGUUACGGUAACAAUGAGUCUGGAAUAUGGAGCAGCCUUCGACGGUGAAAUCGAAUCGAAAAUCCUGCUGGAAAAGAGAAAAUCGACAAAGCGUAAUUUCCGCCGCGGAAAUUACGUCUACGAGCCAGCGGCGGAGGAAACCAUUGUCGGAGAGCCUACCGCGUGUCCGCACGCGUAAACAUUUUUAUUAGAGUCCAACAGUCGCACAGAGGACGGCUACUGUCGCUGUUAAUUAUUUUUAUCGAGCGCUCGCUCUACCAAACGAGAUGAUAGUAUGCGUAAAUUGCAAACGUACGAAUUUCUCGAACGAACCGAUCCAAGUUUUGCGUUUCGCGUAUGAAAGGAAACGAGCAGCUUCGCCAGCUUCUCAGAUCUAUCGUCCGAAAAGAUCUCUCGCGUCUCGAGCAGACUUUCUCAUCGGUGGCAACGAUGAGCGACCGCGAGUUUCUCUCGAUACGAAACGGGGCUCGUUCCGCUGGUUCUACGUCCGACCGGGACCGGGAAAUACACACGUAGCUACCUGAGUAGGUGUGCGUCGUCCACGGUGGAAGGCGACGUCGGUCGAGCUUUCGUCUUGACGCGAGCUCAGUCGUCCCUCGCGUACCGUCGUCGAAACACACCCCCGUCGUUGCACCCUCGUCGCGUCUGUUUCGCGCUCUCCGUUCCCGCUCAGCCGCUCAGUCGAGCGCAAUGAACCGACGAACGCGCACGUCGCGUUGACAUUCUUCCGGCUGCUUUCCGAAUUCAUACAGAGGGAAAUUUUUCCACGAGGGCCGUGGUUUGGAAAUUCGACCGAUUCACUUUACGCGACGGAAUGACGGACAGAACUUUCGAUUGAGAAACUGUUUGAAAAUCGUCGAUCGCCAUGGUGGACAAACUUCACGAGUACGAGGGGUUCGCUGGGAGGGUGCACGACGUUCGUGACAAGUUCAAGGAGAAAUGGGAAACGUGGAAGGAGUGGAAAAAUGGAAUACCGAUGGACCAGGGGAUAGCGGGGAUCCUCGGUCAUCUGCGGGGCCCCCCGAAAUUGGAGAGGACGUUGGAGGAUUACGAACACGUCUAUAGGAGAAAGACGCGAGGGGAACUGGUCCGCGUGUCGGCGGCGGUCAUGGGAAUCGAAUUCUCGUACGCCGCGGAAACUGCAUUCGUCUCGCCGACGUUGUUGAAGAUCGGAGUGGACCAUCAACGCAUGACACUCGUCUGGGCGUUGAGUCCUCUGAUCGGAUUCUUCGUCACGCCGAUCUUGGGUAGUCUGAGCGACAGAUGCAGGUCCAAAUACGGGAGGAGGAGACCGUUCAUCGCGUUGUUGGCUCUCGGAGUGUUGAUCGGGCUGAUACUGGUCCCAAACGGCGAGGACAUGGGAUACGCCUUCGGGGACGUGGCAGCUACUACUUGGAAGAAUUUUACGAUGCCGUCGGGACACAGAACUACCGCGAAACAAGCGAGAGAGGAGACAGCAGCGAGACCGCCGUCUCACCCUUGGGGAAUCUUCUUCACGAUUCUGGGCACGGUGCUUCUCGAUUUCGACGCAGACGCUUGCCAGAGCCCGGCCAGGGCUUAUCUGCUCGACGUCACCACACCGGAUGAUCACGCCAAAGGGUUGAGCACGUUCACCGUAAUGGCGGGUUUGGGCGGUUUCAUGGGAUACGGUCUCGGUGGUAUCAAUUGGGACGCGACCGCGAUCGGAGUCGCGCUCGGUGGACACCUCCACGCGACGUUCACGUUGAUCACGAUCAUCUUCGUCGUUUGCGUGUCUUGUACGUUGACCAGUUUCAAGGAGAUACCAUUGGAACUGUUGGAGAGGGACGAGCGUCGACAGUCGCAGGAACGGAAGGAAUUCGUUCUGAAGCCUCUGCCGGUUCAGGACACGGAGAAGAGGGCCGGCCAGGUACCCAUGGUACCGGACGUGCCCGUCCACGACCAGCCAGGUCUCGGAGAGAACGUCGGAGACGAUCCGAGGACUACGUUGAUGGAGUAUCUCCUCUCGAUCGUUUACAUGCCACACAGUCUACGCGUAGUCUGCCUGACCAAUUUGUUCUGCUGGAUGGCGCACGUCUGUUACUCCCUGUACUUCACGGAUUUCGUCGGCGAGGCCGUUUACGGUGGCGAUCCACAGGCGCCGGAGGGUUCCAAAGAAAGGGAGUUGUACGAGAGCGGUGUACGGUUCGGCUGCUGGGGAAUGUCCAUGUACUCGUUGUCCUGUUCCUGUUACUCGAUGAUCAUCGAGAGACUCAUCGAACGUUACAAAGCACGGAGGGUGUACGUCUGCGGCCUAUUGUUCUAUAGCACCGGGAUGAUGAUGAUGGCGUUGACAAAGCACCCCGCGGGAGUGAUCAUAUUCUCUUGGACGGCGGGCGUUAUGUACUCGACGUUGUUCACCAUGCCGUAUUUACUCGUCGCCCAUUACCAUGCUUCGUCGACGUUCGAGGUGACCACCGAGGGUGAAGCUGUACAGAGCGCAGGGGUGCGCGGCCUUGGCACGGACGUGGCGAUCGUCUCGUCCAUGGUGUUCUUGGCUCAGUUCUUGCUCUCCUGCUGUUUGGGAACGAUCGUGAGCGUGUCUGGGACCACCACGGCGGUCGUCUGCGUGGCGAGCACUCUGGCCGCUUGCGGAGCCGCCUCUGCGACCCAGAUCAUGUAUUUGGAUCUUUGA